CACAACGACUGCAAAAAAAAAAAAAAAAAAAAAAAAAGCGCCUGGAUUUAAUUUACGAUACCAGAAGAAAACAAGGUUCAAGCGAUCAGACAAUGGAAACCGCAAGGAACCGCACCCCGUUAAAAAGACAUCUGUCGGUCAGCAUGAGUGAGCAGCUCUCCACCCCGACGCCGAUGAGCGUCCACCUGAAACAGCCCAGCGGGUGGGGCUCCCUGGACGAGCAGCGAGCAUGCUGGGAGAGGAAGCGGAGGCGCGCAGCCCGGGAGCUGGUGGAGACGGAGCAGAGGUACAGUGAGCAGCUGGAGCUGGUCACUACGUACUUUGUUGAAAUUUUGAAAGCCAAGGGUACCCUGAGGCAGGAUAUAAGAGCCGCCAUCUUCAGCUCAAUUAAAUCUAUUCAUGCAGUAAACCAGUCUCUGCUGUCUCACCUGGAGGAUGGGAAGUUCGGGCCGGGGUUUGACGAGUUCUGUCCACACCUGUAUCACUACACAGCCUAUGCAAACAACAUGGAGAACGCUGUCAAAGUCCUGCAGGUGCAGGUGAGCAAGAACAAGGCUUUCGCUCGCUUUAAGAGGCUGCAGGAGAGCCGGCCUGAGUUCAGGGGGCUGACACUGGAGGAGCUGCUCCCUCUGCCACUACAGCGUAUUCACCAGUACAAGCAUUUCUUACGGGACCUGACGGAGAACACAACCCCGGACAAAGUAGAGUUUCAGCAGCUUGCAAGGGCGGUAAAGGCAGUGUCCGCAGUGUCUCAGCACAUCCAGGACCGCGCUCACAGUCACCGCAACCAACUGCACAUGCUGCGGGUGCAGAAGUCCCUGAAAGGACGAAAGACCAAGGUGCUGGCUCCAGGCCGAUGGUACAUCAGGGAGGGCUGGCUCAGUGUUGUGGCCCCCAAGGGCGAGGAGGUCAAGCCAAAGAUGUUCUUCUUGUUUUCUGACGUGCUGCUCAUGACGAAACCCUGCCACCCGCUGCACCCCACCAACUCGGACAAGUUUGAGUGCCAGUCUCUGUACCCGCUGGGGGAGUGUAUCGUGGACAAAGUGUUCGGGCACACCAGGAGCCAGGGUGGGCUGAUCAGUUUAACCUUCGAGAGGGAGAAACUUCUGCUGAUGUCAAGUGACCAGGAGGACAUUAAUGACUGGUACCGGAGCCUGUCGUCUGCCACUGGGCAGUUGAAAUCCCGGAACACAGUGGUGCACAAGAAGGACCCCCUGACCCGGAGACCCCUGCGCCCCACUGAAGAGGCCUCCUGCUUGGGGAACGGGGAGACAGCUGCUGCCUCUUCUCCUGGAGCUUCGAGCGGGAGGAAGAGGAACCUGGGAGAGGGAGAAGAGAGGGAACAGGCCGCUCACCCCAACUCCCAGCACUCUCUUCCCGAGAGCCAAGCCGUCUCUUCAAAGAGAAUCCGCCUGGCAGAAAGCCCUCAGGAACCCCAGCCAACCGCUUCCAGCUGCACAAUCUUAUAAUCAGGGCUCCGGGAACGAGGAGGGUCUCCUGAACUCACUGCUGAUCGAGCGCCAGGGGCCGCAAAGGGCUGUGGGUUUUAACACAUACAGUGUGAUGCAAUGAAAAAUGAUUUUAACAGUGUAUUAUUGUUAUUAGUGUUAUUAUUUUACUGCAGACUUAUGAAUGUAUGGUUUUUUUUUGUUUUUUUUUUUCUGAAAAUGUUUAUUUAACCCUUAGUAAGAAUAAACCCAGUUGGAAAUUCCAGUAACGACCAGAGCUGGGACUGGGUCUUUUUUCUUGAACCAGCAUUGCAAUCUCUUCCUUCAUUUCCUUUCCAUGGUUUUAUUUACCAGCUGAAAUUGUCAGCAGGUUUAAAUCUCAUUAUGAUUUUGACAUUUUCAGAUUUAUUUAAAGCAGGGGUUCUUUUCAAAUGUGUGUGUCUUAAAUGCUUCUUAGGUUUAAUCAGUAACUUUGGAAAUAAUAAGCUUAAUGUUUGGGUUUUUUUAUAUCAAGAUAAGCUUCAUGAAAAAUGCGAUUUUUUUUUUACUUUAUACCGUCUGAUAAAGAUUCUCUAUAUGUUUAGCCCAUAUUAUUAAAAUGAUGCAUCAAUAUUUAUUCCUCUGUGAAACAGUGAGUUUGUUAAAGAUUUGCAAUGGAAAAGGUUUCCAGGGGGAAGAUAUUACCGUUGCACACCAGUAGUGGUCCUUUUUAUACUGGCUUCGUUGUAGAAAUGUCACGUUGCUCAGGUUUGCACAUAAACAUGCUGGUGACUUUAUUAAACAUGCCAGUUAUUCAUAAGAACAAAGACCAUGAUACACAACGAUUAAGAACAUGUACGCUCUGACAACAGAAAGAUUAUUCUCAUUCAUAGGCUUGAACAUGUCCAAUUCUAGUUUAUUUAAUCCGACUGCAACUGCUUGAUUUACUUGAACUGGCCUUUAAAAGUGCUCUUUUUUAUUAAGUGUAUAAAUUGAUUCUUCUAUUUUGUUGAUUUAACAAUGAAGUUGUUUCACUGAUUUCGUUUAGCAGAUGUAACAGCAUUAGCCAAACAUGUCUUCGUUUGAUGUAUAAACCUGGAUUUGUGGAACUUGUGUCUGUUUAACAUGGUUUAUUUAUACACUUUUGCCAAUCAUAUGAAAGUCGACUUUAUUUAAAUGGUUUAAGGUUACAAGUUAUCAAACACAUUUUAAACUAAAGAAAGGAAUAAGAAAAACAGGAAUCCUAAUUAUUGCACUCCAGUAAUUGACAAGUUUAAAUUCUACAUGUUCUAUUAAGCAUUUUAAAUCAUGAUAUUAUGCUCAUGCACAUGACUGUAUUAUGUUAGUUUAAUGCAGUAUCUGAGUACAGCCUUACCUUUGUAUGGUAACAACGCGGUAACCUUUUAUUCGUGAGUAAAAGUGUCCUCUACAGACAGAUACAGAUAGUCAUUUUAUUUUUUUCAUUUUUCCAUGCAGUUAUUACAUGUGUAAGUAUUUUAUAAACAAACAAAUAUGUUACAGGACUCAAUUCACUGUUUUCUUGUUCAUAAAUUAAUUAAAAAUAACUA